CAAUAUUCUCUCAUUCUUCCCUCUAUCAUACUACAAAUACAAGCAAUAAUGGCAUCUUUAACAAUAAAAUUAGUCCAUAGUCUGUUUACAUUCUUCAACAAUAUCCCAAUUGUUAAAUUGGUGAUUAUGAUGCAGCAUCCCCAAUCCAAUUCUGUGUUUCUGCAGUGGAAGAUGCAACUUGGCACGAGCCAGCCCCGCAUUUGCCUCAGACGGUCGCAGAAGAUUCGUUGUGCCAAUUCACAGCGCCAUCAUCAGUCCAUAUCUCAGUUUCCUCCAAUGAAUCAGAGUGUUGCGGCGAUUAUACUCGGGGAUGGCUCAGAAUCAAGACUGUAUCCUUUGACGAAGAGGAGAUCAGAAGGGGCGAUACCGAUAGCGGCCAAUUACAGGCUCAUCGAUGCAGUAGUGAGCAACUGCAUCAACAGUGGCAUAAGCAAAAUAUACGCUCUCACCCAAUUCAAUUCCACGUCCCUGAACUCGCACCUCUUGAGGGCUUAUUCCGGGGCUGGCCUCGGGAAGGAAGGCUUCGUUGAAGUGAUCGCCGCGUAUCAAAGCCUCGAAGACCAGGGCUGGUUUCAGGGGAAUGCUGAUGCUGUGAGGAGAUGUCUGUGGGUGCUUGAAGAGUAUCCAGUCACCGAAUUUCUGGUCCUUCCAGGCCACCAUCUUUACCAGAUGGACUACAGGGAACUCGUGGAGUUGCAUUGGAGAAGCGAGGCCGAUAUAACCGUCGCAGUCCUGAAUGCUAUUUGGGACCAAGACCCAGGUUUUGGCUCUUUGAAGAUAACUGAUGAGAAUAGAGUGGUAGAGCUCAAAGAUAAGUCUACUGGAAAUCCCAAAUGUCAAAACACAUUUGAUUGCCAUUGGUUCUCAAGCAUGGGAAUAUAUCUCAUCAACAGAGAUGUCAUGAUAAAGCUUCUAAAAGAGAGUUUCCCUGGCGCAAACGACUUUUCCAGUGAAGUAAUACGAGGCGCGAUAUCCACUGGAAUGAAGGUUAUGGCAUAUCCAUUCGAUGGAUAUUGGGAGGACAUGAGAAGCAUUGGAGCGUUUUACCGAGCGAAUAUGGAGAGCACAAGGAAAUGCAACAGGGGAUACGAUUUCUUCAAAAGGGAUUCUCUCGUGUACACUUUGCCUCGGUGUCUGCCUCCGAGCGUCGUGACAGAUUCAUUAGUCACAGACAGUGUUAUUGGAGACGGAUGCAUACUCAAUAGAUGCAAAAUCACAGGAGCUGUAGUUGGUAUGAGGACAAGGAUUGAAGAUGGGGCUAUAAUCGAGGACUCAAUUAUCAUGGGGUCCGACGUCUAUGAAAUGGAAGUUCCACAGAAUUCUGUGGACAGGAAAUGCAUGAGCAUACCAAUCGGCAUCGGGGGAAAAACGCGCAUAAGGACAGCUAUUGUUGAUAAGAAUGCGAGGAUCGGCAAAAAUGUGGCGAUUGUUAAUUCAGACAACGUUAAAGAAGGCGACAGAGAAGACCAAGGAUAUGUGAUUCGCGAUGGAAUAGUGGUUGUUCUUCACAGCGCGGUUAUUCCCGAUGGCAGUAUUUUGUGACCCGUGGAUGAUGAACUAUUAUUAUCUGCAAGUUUCUCCAUGACCAUUGAGAUCUCAGAAAGUGCAAAAUUUACUUCUUCUACAGAGGCACAUUGCUCUCUGUAAGGGAACCAUUUCAAUUUUCACUGUCUAUUAAUCAGAAUGAAAUGUUUAUCACUAAAGCCAUGUCUACUUUGUCCAGGAAUAAAUUUUC